AUGCAUCAAUCUUCUAUAGUCACCACAAGAAAGAAUCUAAAACCCAUCAUAACACUCAGGCUAAUCCCAACCGUACUAGCCCUGACCACCCACAUCCACUCCACAAGCACGAACACCACGCAGAAGAACAUGGUGAUGAAGGUGCUUCCAGCAAGGGACCACCUCCAGCCUAAUCACAUUUCAACGAGCCACGCUGCGAGCUUUAUUUGUUUAAGAAGUAUCAGGGCCGUGUAG